AUGCACCCCCUCCUGUCACAAUCACGGGAGCUUGGGGAUGGUGAGUCUGGUGGUGCUGAUCAGAUUUCUGUGGUAAAUCAAGAAGAGGUUAAGAUGUGUGUUGGCUUGCGGGUAAGGUGGGUUAUGGUGGUCCGGUGGUGUGUGAUGUGGGUGGCGUUAGAGGUGAUGUUCAGGCUGAUGAACAAGGGUGAAGAAGGUGAGGAUGGCUUAUUAGAAGGGGUGAUGACGAGAUGGCUAUAA